AUGCGCGCUGGCAAGAUGGAGGAUGCCGAGGGCGGUGGCGCCAAUGGCGCCCGCACAGAGCGCCGGGUUCAUGUUGACGAGGAGAAGGAGUGCUUCUCCCCUUCGCCCAGGCACCUCGCGCUGGGCACGCCGCGCGCGGACAUUCUGCGCCUCACGGGCAUGGACGAGCCGGAGGAGAGCGAGGAGCUGCGGCUGCGGCAUUUCCUCACGGUCCGCGGUCCGCCCAUCUUCCUAGUGGCUGUGCUCCUCCCAAUCUGCAUGCGGACCUUUGGCUUGGAGCCGCAGGCGCGCUGCGCGCUGAUCAUGGUGGGGGUGCUGACGCUGAGCCUCUUCGAGGUGAUGCCACUCUUCUGUGUGGCGCUCUUCAUCCCUGUGAUGGGCUCGAUCUGCGCGGUCUUUGGGGAUGCAAGGACCAUGAUGACCACCUCCACGCUGCUGCUGAGAAGCUUCUUCAACCAGACCUCCUUCUUGGUUUUGGGGAGUUUGGUGAUCAACGCCAUCUUCGCCAAGUGCGGCGCCCUGGACGCGCUCACCGCGCUGCUGCUGAGGCGCUGGCGCCUGGAAAGCAAGACGUUCCUUCUGGUGAUUAUGCUCUGCACCAUGGCCGCCUGCUCCGUGCUGUGCUCCGGGUCCAUCGUGGUCCUGGCCGCGCUGAAGCCGCUGCUGGCGCCCAGAGGCUUGGACGUGGAGGUGCCGGUGGUGAAGCGUCUGCUGCUGGGCGUGGCCUUUGGCGCCAACGCGGGCAGCGUGCUGCUGCCCAUCAGCUCCACCACCACGCUGAUCACCAUCAGCUUGCUUCGUGACUUUGACCACAAGCUCACGCUUUGGAGUUGGAUCUUCAUGUCGGGCCCUGUGGCGGUGCUGAGUACCGUGGCUUCCUGGUGGACGCUGAUCAAGCUCUUCCCCGCCAGAGAGGACGAUGGGGAGGAAGUGCUGCAGUCCAUCCAAAAGGGCCUCAGAGACACGGCCAGGCCGCAGCUCUCGCGGCAGGUGUCCCUGGCGCACGCGGAGGAGGCGGAGACGCAGAUGUCGGAGGGCCAUUGGUUCAUGCUGGUGGCGACCUGCGUCGCGGUGGUGGCCAUGACGGUCUUCGCGGAGGCGCUGGAGCCGGUGCUGGGGCACCCGGCCAUCCUGGCGCUGGCCGUGGUAGUGCUCGCCUUCGGCAGCGGCUUCCUCUCACGCGAUGAGUUCCUGACGCUGGAAUGGGACUUGCUCGCCAUUGUGGGCGGCACCAAUGUCAUGGCCCUCAUGGUGCGGGAGACGGCGCUGGCGGCCCACGGCUCCGUGGUCAUGACGCAGUCGGGGCUCUUCGAUCACAUGGCCUUUUGGCCCUUCAUGGUCUUAGUGAUCUCCGUGCUCCUGAUCUUCGGCACCUUCACGGGGCACGCCUUGUGCGCCGUGAUCAUGCUGCCGCUGCUGGUGCCGCUGGGGGUGAAGCUUCAGGAGGCGGAGUUCUUCGCUCUGCUCUGCUGCAUCGUCAUCCCCUUUGGCAUGGGCAUGCCCAACGCCUCUUUCGACAACAUGGCGGCCCAGUCGCUCUCACGGAGCCUAAAGAGGCGCAGUGAGCUCUCCGUGCGCGACUACUUCGGCGCUGGGAGUCUCAUGGCUCUCGCCGGCGGGUCCCUCACCUUGACGCUGGGCUUCGGCAUCGGGUUCCUGCAGCACGGCAUGCCCAAGGGCCCGGCGGAGGUCCGCCGGCGCACGCCCGAGGAGCUCGAGCCCAAGGUGGUGAAGGAGAAUCGCGUCCUGGACUUCAUGCAGAGACCUUCCUUCGUGCGGGAGCUCGGUGAGGCCCUGCGGGAAAAGGGCGGCGAGCGUGUGGCAGAGUUCAAUGACGCUGUCGGUGCCUUGCGCGAGAGCGACAACUCGGACAUCGUGCUGGGGACUGGUGAGGACGAGGCGGAGGGAGGUCUUCCAGAGGACGAGGAGGAGCAGCGGGACCUGGAUGCGGACAACCGCGUGGACGUGGCCUUGCAGAAGUUGGAGAACGAGACGAGCCCAGAGGAUGAGCUGGACACUGAAACUACAGUCGAGCCGGCACCGAGCACCAGCGAAUCUACGGCGGCUAGCACCAGCGAAUCUACGGAGCCUAGCACGAGCGAAUCUACGGCUGCUAGCACCAGCGAAUCUACUACGGCUGCUAGCACGAGCGAAUCUACGGAGCCUAGCACCAGCGAAUCUACGGCGGCUAGCACGAGCGAAUCGACAGCCCCGAGCACCCCGGCGCCAACAACUGAAAGUUUAACAACCGCCAGCCCAACUACUGAAAGCUCGACAACUGCAAGCUCAACAGAGGCCACGGUGCCACUAACUGAAAGCGUGAUCAGCUCUCCUCCAAUGACAGCGAAGAGCUCGUCCGCCUCCGACUCGUUUGAAUUCUUUGGCGACAUUCACCUCCCCACGGCGGAGCUUCCUGGCCUGGGCAACACGGACGGGCUGGCGUCCUUCGACUUCUUCGGGCCGAAGGCGCCGAAGCCCAAAGGCAAGACCCUCGCGCCUAAGGGCAUAGACAUGGUGACAGAGAAGGCCAUCGAGGCGCUGGAAGGCGAGGCCCCGAAAGAGCCGAUCCGGGACUCCGAGGCGGCGACCUUCUCCCAGGCCGCGGUGUCCUCGGCGGUGGCGGAGAAGUUGGCCCGGGAGGCCCAGAAGAAGGCCAUGGAGGAGGCAGCGAAGGCGCGAGAGGAGGAAGCCACUGCCAGGGCCGCGCAGCUGGCGGCGGAGGAGGCCUUCCGAAAGGCUCAGAGGGCCAAGGAGCUGGAGGAGCAAGUAGAGAGGGACCUGAGAAAAGCCGAGGCCGCGGCUGAUAUGGCGGUGAAGAAUGCCAGCACUGCGCAGCUGGUGGAGCAAGAGGAGAUCCGGCGCCUGGAUGAAGACGUGUCCAGGUCCUAA